UACCUGCCUGCCUCGCUCUACCACCACCAUCUAAUUCUGCUAAAGUAAAAAGAAAAGCAAAUCGUCAAAGAAAUCACUUUACUUCAUUUAUUGGGAUGUGUCUCCUCCUCCGAGCUAGUUGCAGAUUCAAUUAAGAGAAAGCAGAGAGAAACCGCUCCGCACGAAGCCACGAUACAAACAAACUUUAAACACAUGCCAUUAUAAAAGUACAUUAUUUGUUGUUGUUAAAUGUGAACUUGUGUUUGUUUUUGAAACGUUAAACAUGUGAAACAACCAACCAUAGUUAAAAAUGUGUUGAUUAUGUGUGACAAUUUAAAUUGUCUCAACAAACCAAACUUUUAAAUUAGACAAAAAAAUCAAAUUAAAGAUGAUAACAUUUAAACAUUUUCUUGGAUUGGUUUGUUGAUUUGUUAAGAAUGAACUGGAUGGCUUAUCCAAAAUGUGAAAGUACAUCAAGCCCUGAAGGAAUCGUACGUUUAAAAAAGAUGUUAUGCUCCCAGUCGAAAAGACGCAUGUAAUCUUUCUCACAUUAUCGGAGUUAACGCAUGGAGAAACUACACUAAUACAUUUCUGCAUUAUUGUGCCGGCUGAUAAAAAGUCGUUACUUCUCAUUCACUUCAUCCGGAUGAGCUUCGUCGCUUCAGAUACCUUAUCUACUCGAGGAUGGAACUAUCAAAAAUCCACACAUGAUAAGUAUCGUGGAUUUGAGACUGCACUAUAAAUGGAAUUAUUAUGCAUCGACAGUGAAAGUAAUCGCGACAAAUGCAGUUGAGGUGUCGUGUUUCUCACAAACAAUUGCACGGAACUGCAUGUCGGACGAUCUUCCAUCCCUCUAUUAAAUACUGUGUGGAACAGUGAAAUUAGUGUAUGUGCAUAUACUUGUAACAUAAGACAACAUGUUUUGAGAAGAAGGAUACUCAUCAAAUCCAUCAAGAAUGGAAAUGAAUCUUCACAAAGAUCCGAGUGGCUUUGGCCUGAGACGUGUGAAGAUUCGAAGGGAAGACAAUGGAUUUGGAUUCACAUUGCGACAUUUUAUCGUGUACCCCCCUGAGUUGUACAAUAAUGAUUCUCAGGAUGAUGAGAGGAGAAACCCAAGUUUUUUGGUAAAGUCGGCAACCGCAGUUGAUACAAUUUUUGUUCGUCAUGUUGUUCCAAACGGUCCUGCUGAGCGUGCAGGUUUGUGCGUAGGUGACCGCAUUGUAAGCGUAAACCGAAGGACAAUCUUCGGACUCAGUUACGACAAUGUGGUACAAUUGAUUCAAAAAAGUCCACACGUUCUCCGCUUGGAAAUAACUCCCAAGCAAUACGAUACUUUGCAAUUGUUUUUUGAGGAUACUGCAUACCGCCCAGAAUCUAAUUUGGUUCCAGUUCAACCCCAAAGGCAACGUCACAUACAUUACGCUCAUCCAACGAAAGCUGGAACUUAUUCAGAUAAUUACAGUUACCCACAGUUGGGUUAUCUUCACCCCAACAAUCAGUCGUGGUACUCAAAUAACUCUAAUCGUGACCCAAUCUACGGAUACCCCAGCAACAACGUAUCGACAGAGUCGUUCUUCUUAAACCCAGCUGCAGAACAAGGUAGUAUGUCCUCGCAGCCGCAUCCCUCGGCCGGCUCAAACCCGCAACUGUUUUCUCAUCUGCCACGUCCCACCCCUUACAAAUCAUCUACCGUUUGGUCAGGUUCGAACCAACCCUCAGUCAGGAACUCGGGAGGAGUAACUGCAAGCAAGGCACAGAACAAGGUGAACCAACCCCAAACGUACUAUCCCUUUAACCAAGACCUGCACUCAUCGACUUCCUUGGGUACAACUCACCUCUGGAAAAUCUCGGAAAUCAAAGAGGAACCAAUAAAUUCAGCUGGUGCCAAAAGUGCCGAGAGCAUUCUUACCUCUGCUGGUUGCAAUUCUGUGGAGUUCCAAGAUCAUCAUGACACAUCUCAACGCUCUGAAAGCAUGGAAUGCCUCAAUAGAGUACCUCCAAUCCAACCUGACCGAAACACGAGCACGAGUGGUCACUGGCCCACCGUAAGACCGGGUCAAGGUCAAAGGUUCAUGUCCUACGAUGAAAACAGUCGCCCGGAAACCUCUAGUCACAGAAGGGAGUCUACUGGUUCAAUACCAAAUUCCAAUGUUCAAAGUGCUAUGGUUGUAACAAUGGCAAGCACAAAUUCAAAAAUGCAAAGUUCAUAUCAACCCGAAUUGAGCGAUUCGGGUUCGUCUUUGGGAGGCUAUAAUAGUUCUGCCGGCAACACGGGGACAGGGUAUGAAACUAAACUAGUUGACCGUAUUCGUCGAAGUUGUGAACAGAAGGAAGAAUUUCUCAAAAGGCCCAAUCAGCCCAUGCAGUGGGCCCCCAUCCAGUCCUCCUCCUCCACUGGAUUUCCCAAAGAAUUGUACGCGCUUCCCCAAAAGUUCGAAAAAAUCCCAUGGCCACCUGCAAACAUUGUUCCAACAGUUACCACUGCGAAACCCCCACUGAUUCAAAGUUGUCACGCAAAUUCAGGGAGUUUUGAUAGUCAAAUGAAAAAUAUGAACAACGUCUCAGUAAUUAAUGUGCAACACUAUCAAAAUCCCUCCACACCUAGCAGAACUAGCAUCAAUCCUGUAUCAGAAAGUGACAGUUUUUCUGCAAGCCCAAGUAAAGAUGGUGCUUCCUCUUCUGCAAUGUACCAACCUUCACAACCCCGAAGCCUGAGUCCCUCCUGGCUCGAGUACGCCCCCAGAAAUAGGACAGUUAUCGUAGGAAGUAGAAAGUUGCACUGUGAUCCACCCCCCAAUUGGAAUCCAGAAUCCCAGAAUUUGGAAGGGCAGCAGCAGCAAUACAACGAGAUGAGCAGCAGUGGAUUGAGUCCAUCCGCAGACGGUGCUGGGGAAGUAAAAUUAAGACCACGCAACGAUGACCUUGAUGACACGGAGAGAUUGGUUCGCCGUGUGUCGUAUUUGAAAGCAACAUCUUCCCCGAUUGACAUGGAUAGGAAUAGUACUAGUCCCACUUCACCUACGUUAAGCUGCGGCGUAAUUAAAGCUACGUCCCCCAUGUCGGAUGUGGGUCGAAGAAGGAGUGUAGCAAAUAAAAUUUCCGCAGAAUUUUUCCCAAGAGGCAGAAUAAUUCGUCUAAAGCAAUUUUUUGAAGAACGAACUCAGCCAUCAGCCAAAAGUUCCAUCUUUAAGUUCAGUGUGGAUAGCCCAACCUCCGAACAACACCGUGGAUUUGGAAGCUUACUGGGGGUGCGAAGUCUUGAUGACUCGAUGGUCACCCGUGACGGCCAAAUUCAUUACAAAAUCAGAUUAGGAGAAAGCAAGAAGGGUGGCUACAAUCGGUCUUGGAGACAAGGUUGGGCGCAGAUACGUCAAACGGGAUGUCUCUACAUAUCCAAAGAACCUUUGUCGCGAGAGUCAGCAGUAACACUUACUGAAGAUGCUGUGAUAUUAGCUCUUAGUUUAAGAAGUGGAGUUACCGUGGAGCAGGCGGAAGACUACUCAAAGAGAAAAUAUGUACUCAGGAUAAAGACAAGUUACUCAUCGCUGGAUAUUGCGAAUAUUGCGGAAAAUACCUUUUCUAAUCCCACCAAUGCUCACCCACCACCAAUCCUUCACUCACGUAUUCAUUCCACUCCGGUUGAAAUACUGAUUCAGGCAGACGAUAUGAAUGAUUCUGGUUUAUGGCUGCAAUGUCUUCAUGCACAGCUUGAAAAUAAUAACUAUUGCAGUGGAAAUGCUAAUAAUAAUUUGGGCAUCUACUUUGGACCAGAAUUUUGUCAUCUAACCAAACCCAAAUCUUUGCUCACAUCAUUCCUUCCUACCCCAACAACCACUUCAUCAUCCCAUGUAUCACAAUCCAGUGAAAAGACGACCACUUCCUCUGCCACAAAUAAUAACACGUUGCAGAUCGGAACCUCAAAUGUACCUCAAAAUUCAGCAAGUCCAAAGAACAAAACUUGGAAGGGGAAAGUUGCUCGUCAAUGGAAAAAAGUACAUAACAUUAUCGAAACUGGAGGAGAUAAAUCUAGUCCGUAUUCUUCCAUGGGUCCUCCAAUGGGUGCAACUUUUGGAAUUAAUCUUGAAAACUGUCCUCCUGGUGAAAACAAUCCCUUCAUUCCACGCGUAAUUGAGUAUGGGAUUGAGGUUGUGGAAAGUAGAGGAAUCGACAUGGUUGGACUGUAUAGAAUUCCAGGCAACAAUGCCUCUGUGGCCACCUUGACUGAGCGACUGAACAAGGGAGAGGAACCUAAUCCUGAUAAAGAUCCAAAAUGGGCAGACGUUCAUGUGGUGGCGAGCCUGAUUAAAUCAUUUCUACGUCGACUGCCUGACCCUCUUCUAACUGACGAUCGGUAUCAAGCGUUUAUUGUUGCCGCUGAUGACUCCGAACAAGAAAAAUGUCGUGAACGAAUGCAAUUACUCAUCCAGGAUCUUCCUGAUACAAAUUACGAGACUUUAAAGGCUGUCAUUAUGCAUUUAAAACAUGUGGCAGAACAUGGAGAGCAUAAUCGCAUGGAUGCUAGAAAUUUGGCAAUUGUGUUUGGACCCACCAUUGUCCGAACUGCCGAAGAGAAUGUCACAUCAAUGGUUCAAGAUAUGAAAAACCAGUGCAAAAUCGUAGAGCUUCUAAUUUCUAAUGCUGACGAGCUAUUUAGUGAUCUACGACACCAAGAAGACCAAUCGGAACCCAGAAUAGGAAGAGGCCCUCCUGACUCCCUUGCUUCCACCACAUCAGCCCAACUUUCCAGCUCUGAUGAAUUGGAGACGUACAAUAUUAGCAAUGCAAUACGCUUGCCGACCUUGGCUGCCGUCACACUUUACAAUAGUGCUGAAAGCAGCAUCCCUCCACCCCGUGCGUCCCCCUCUAGUCCAACAAUAGAGAGCGAACUGCGCGCUUCCCUCGUGCAUGCAGCAAUGAGAAAGGCAUCUCGAAAAAUUCAAUCUCCCGGAAAAGAUUCCAGUUCCUCCAUUCAUAAUAUUUAUGGUUUACCUACCAACUCUUCCAAAAAAGGGAAGCCUUCCAUUGAUGAUGCCGGAUUCAUUAGGUCAUAUGCAGGACUGAACGAAGAAACAGAGCAGAGGGUGAGGAAAUUUGAGCUAGAAACGAGAGCAAUGCUGUCAAGAGAAGAUCGAUCUCCUCACUCGAGCAUUGUGAACGUGGGCGCAAAACAACUUGGAGGUAUAAGGCUGUUGAAUCUUGAUGAUGAACUGCAAAAAGCAAAAGAUGAUUUAGAAAAUGACGAUAUUUAUGAUCAAUUAGCAGAAAAUCCUUCUAGUAUAAUUCAUCAUCGGGAUCGAGGGUUCUUUUCAGUGGGUUCAACACAACGCAAUCUCAGUAGUAGUAGCAGCAUUAGCAGUUCCAAUUCAAAUGGAACAACUCCUUCCACUCACCCACCACAAAAACUUGGACCUGUCCCAUUCAAGUCUACCUAUGUUCCCCAGUCACUGCCUCCAAAACCACCAGUACUGAUUCAACACCAGCACUUGGGUUCUUCUGUUCCCAGUCCCCUUAUAAACUCCAAAACAUGUGGUACUCCUAUUUUGGGGAUGAGAAGAGUCAGUUCCAUGGAUAGAUUUGGCUCUGAUAAGGAACCACAAGUUCAAGAUGAGUCAGUGACGGAAAGAAAGUUUGGAAAUGUGCCGUUUUUUCCAAAAUAUAUUGGUGGGUCAUUGGAUUCUUUGUCAAAUGCAACUGGUGGUGGAGGCACAGAUGGACAUCGAAAUGGGCAUUCCAGGCGAGGGGACGUAAUUUGCGAAGACUUUUCACCGAAAUCAUCAGAGGGUAGCGAUCUUGUUACAUCUCUGACACAGACACUGGACAAGAAGCUUGAAAACUUGAGAUCCAAUAAAUCUGAUGCGAAUUCUUUUGAAAUUUUCACUUUGAAUGGUACUGAACACCAUCCGGAAGGACUGACAUCAAGAAAAAUAGAAAUUAAUGGUGAUCAUACUGCCAACCAGAUUCAGAAUAUUUCAUCUGAUAACACAAAUGAAUCCAAACGUUCAAAAGGUAAAUCCCGAAUUGGGGGAAAUGGGAUGAAGAAGAACUGGCGAAGGAAUUCAAUGAUAGAACGGAGGGUGAACGGGGAAGUCUGUAACGUAAAUGUUGUAAACGUUAAAGAACGCACAUCACAUGAUGACAAAGAUUAUUAUCGAAACCCUAGUUUGCAUCGAUUGACUGCCGAAUUUUCGAGAAAUACGACCAAUCAAGCUGACCAAACCAAUUUAUCGAAAGAGGCUAAAACCGCCAACAAUAAGUUAACCCGGCGUGACUGCAGAAGGAGGCAUUCUCUGAGCGGAGGCGGGGACAUUUUAAGUAUUACAUAUCAUGAUAAGUCAAUCGAAUACCCUGAUGCCCCCUCCACCUCCGACGCACAAGCAGUUGAAAUAUGCAGCACGGCCACCCCUACAAACAAUGAAGGCAUUUCAGUGGCCAAUAUCACUAGAGCUGUCCUCGAAUCUCAUGUUUAGAUUAUUAUUGUUAUGAUGCUCUAAUUUUUUGCAAAUCACUGUGUACAAUAUUCAACAAGUUUACCUUUCUUCGCGAUGAACAUUUUAAACGAAAUAUUGUAUUUGAACUAUUGUCCAAGCCAAGCGAAGGAAAACUCUUCAAAACUUAAAAGUAUUAUUGCGGGCAGCAAAUAUUAAUGUCGCCAAUGUAAACGUCGUUUUCGUCGUUGUUAUUGUUUUUUUGUGACUCUGUGAUGUCGUUUUACGUGUGCUCAGUUUUAAUCAAUGUGUCUCGCUGGAAUGGAUAGUCAGUCAAUGUGUUUUAUCCCCCUUUCCCCUAGAAUGAUAUAUUAUAGCAUUUAUAGCAACUCGUUUUUAACUCUUGCAUUUUGAUUGCAUGCCCAGUGGCUCUCAAGUGACUGUAGGCAAAACAAAACGACAUCAACCGAGUGUCCUUUUUGUAUGAAAGAACGGAAUUUGGCUGGAACUUACAUUGCUGAGCAGUUUAUAGAAGAUAAGUGUGUUAAAGCUGUGUGAUAUAUUUCAAAUCAAAGAAAUCAAGUAUUAUUUUAAACUCGAAUCAAAACGUGCUGAUUUAUGUGGUUGUUAUUAUAAUCUUGGCACUAAAUGAUAAGAAACGAACGAUAUUUAUUUAGUGGACGUUGUGAAGACAAAGACUUACGCUUUAUGUAUUGUAGUUAUUAAUUGAAUAUGUAUGUAAUAUUUUACCUACGUAAUUCUACGUGGGAUUUUUGUCAGCCCAUAUUUAAGUCAAGUAAUAUGUAAGGAACCGUACGUAGCAUGUAGAACCCGUAUCUCGUAAAUGUUAAAUUAUUAUAUAUUUUUGAGGUUUUCGUUUCGUAACGAAGAGUUGUGCAUUUAUAAAGCAACAGAAUAAAAGUCAUUUGAAAAAUAUAA